AUGUCGAAUGAUCUUCGGUCUUUUCACCAACAUUUGAUAAGUAGCCGGAAAGUUUUGGCAAUUUUGGGAGCAGGGCUUAGUGCCAGUAGCGGUCUUUCAACGUUUAGGGGCGCCGGUGGGCUGUGGAAGAAAUAUGACGCAGUCGACCUCGCAACGCCUGAGGCAUUCGAACUAGACCCAAGCCUUGUGUGGCAGUUUUACUCUGCUCGGAGAAAAGCCGCUCUGGCUGCGGUUCCUCACAGGGGCCACAAAGCUCUGGCCAAGUUCUCGGAGCGAUGGGGCAAUCGGUUCUUGACGCUGACCCAAAACGUCGAUGGCCUGUCGGAACGAGCUUGCCACCCUCGAGACGGUAUUGUCCAUCUCCACGGUGACCUGUUUACGCUCAAGUGCACUAAUUUCAACUGUAGAUACAAGGAGUCUGGCAAUUUCAGAGAACCGCUGACUCCCGCAUUGGCGAACGCUUCCAUGGACGAUAAUGUGGGUGUCGAGCGUAUUCCCGAGUCACAACUGCCACAUUGCCCACAAUGCAACACCCUGCUACGCCCUGGAGUUGUGUGGUUUGGUGAGUCGUUACCUUACGAUGCCAUCUUUCGUGCAGACGAAUACAUUUCUGCCGGCGACGUCGAUCUCGUCUUAGUAGUGGGCACUUCGGCCACCGUGUGGCCAGCAGCUGGAUACAUUGAAGAAGUUGCGCAACGCGGCGGCAAAGUUGCUGUAUUUAAUAUCGACGAGUCUACGAAAUGGCCUGAUGGGUGGUUUUUCCAAGGAGACUCUGCUGAAUGGCUCCCCAAGGCACUUGAACCCGUAAUUGGGCGAGUUUAA